GGGCCCGCCCCCGCCGCCAUCUUGGUCUGGGAGGGAGCGGGCCGCACGCGAGAGUAAACAGCCCGAGCCGGGAAAGUCGAGUUCUGGCUCGGUCGGAGUGCCGCGGGGUAGCCGCGGAGAGGACGCAACCCUGAUCUUCGUACGUGGGGGUGGCCGACAUGACGGCCCCGGCUGAGAGCCCCCUGGCGCCGCUGUUGGAGACUUUGGAAGACCCUUCCGCCCCCCAUGGAGAGCAAACCGACGCUUACCUGACCCUGACCAGUCGAAUGACUGGAGAAGAUGGAAGAGAAGUCAUUAUGGAAAUUGAGAAAAAACUUCCUCAGCUAUUCAGAGUUUUAAAAAUGCACAUUUCCAGUCAGAAUUCAGACCUCUGUAGUGCUGCUCUACAGGCCUUGGGGUUUUGCUUAUAUAAUCCCAAAAUUACCUCAGGAUUAUCAGAGACAGAUACUCAAGAACUGCUUUUAAAAUUGAAUGAUAGUGUUAAAAGCCCAGACAAAAAUGUACGUACUAGGGCACUUUGGGUGAUAUCCAAGCAGACAUUUCCUGCUGAAGUCAUUGGCAAAGUAGUAUCCAGUAUAAUUGAUUCAUUAGAAAUAGUAUUUAAUAAAGGAGAGAUGCAUUCUGCAGUUGUUGAUUAUGAAGCAUUAAAUGUCAUCAUAAGGCUAAUUGAACAAGCCCCAGUUCAAAUGGGAGAAGAGUCAGUUAGGUGGGCAAAACUGGUUAUACCUUUAGUGGUUCAUUCAGCUCAAAAGGUACAUUUGCGGGGAGCAACUGCUCUAGAGAUGGGAAUGCCAUUGUUGCUUCAGAAACAACAAGAAAUAGCAUCUAUUACAGAGCAGCUUAUGACUACUAAAUUACUUUCAGAACUCCAAAAGUUGUUUAUGAGUAAGAAUGAGACGUAUGUGUUAAAAUUGUGGCCUUUGUUUGUCAGACUUCUUGGGAAGACUUUGCAUCGAAGUGGGAGUUUCAUUAAUUCUCUCUUACAGCUGGAAGAACUAGGUUUUCGUAGUGGAGCUCCCAUGAUUAAAAAAAUAGCUUUUAUUGCUUGGAAGAGUUUAAUAGAUAAUUUUGCUUUGAAUCCAGAAAUACUAUGCAGUGCAAAAAGACUGAAGUUGUUAAUGCAGCCUUUGAGUUCCAUCCACGUGAGAACAGAAACUCUAGCACUAACAAAGCUAGAAGUCUGGUGGUAUCUGCUGAUGAGACUUGGACCUCAUCUUCCUGCUAAUUUUGAACAGGUGUGCGUGCCUCUGAUUCAAAGUACGAUAAGCAUCGAUUCUAAUGCUUCACCUCAAGGCACUUCAUCUCGUGUAGCUGCUUCUCCAGGUUUAAAUCCUAUAACUCCUAUACACAAAGGUGCUUCCCCAUACGGAACUCCUGUAACUCCCCGGAUGAACUUAAGUUCAAAUUUUGGUGGAAUGGCCACAAUCCCCUCUAUUCAGCUUUUGGGACUUGAAAUGCUGCUUCAUUUUUUGUUGGGUCCAGAAGUCUUGAGUUUUGCAAAGCAGAACAAACUCAUACUGAGCUUAGAGCCACUCGAACAUGCGUUAAUCAGCAGCUCUUCUUUUUUUUCUAAACACGCAAAUACUCUCAUCACUGCUGUUCAUGAUAGCUUUGUUGCAGUUGGAAAAGAUGCUUCUGAUGCAGUUGUCAAUGCUAUUUGGAAGGAGCUGAUCAGCUUGAUGAAGUCAGUUAUUGAAUCAGGUAACAAAAAAGAGAGACCAGGUUCUGAAGUUUUGACCCUGUUACUAAAAUCUUUAGAAAGCAUAGUGAAGUCAGAAGUAUUUCCUGUGUCAAAAACACUGGUCCUCAUGGAAAUUACAAUUAAAGGACUGCCCCAGAAAGUAUUAGGUUCACCAGCAUAUCAGGUUGCUAAUAUGGAUAUUCUUAAUGGAACUCCUGCUUUGUUCUUAAUUCAGUUAAUUUUUAAAAAUAAUCUCUUGGAAUAUGGUGUAGAAGAUGAGAGGUUUUUUCUCAAUCUGGAAACACUUGUUGGCUGUGUCCUUUCUGGUCCAACUUCACCACUAGCUUUCAGUGACUCUGUUUUAAAUGUUAUUAAUCAAAACGCAAAGCUGUUGCAAAACAAGGAGCAUCUCUGGAGAAUGUGGAGUAUUAUAGUUACCCCAUUAACUGAAUUGAUAAAUCAGACCAAUGAAGUGAAUCAAGGUGAUGCCUUAGAACAUAAUUUUAGUGCCAUAUAUGGUGCAUUGACUUUACCAAUAAACCAUAUUUUUUCAGUACAGAAAUUUCCAGUGGCUACCAUGAAGACCUUACUUAGAACUUGGUCAGAAUUAUAUAGAGCAUUUGCCCGCUGUGCUGCUUUGGUAGCAACUGCAGAAGAGAAUUUGUGCUGUGAGGAACUUUCUUCCAAGAUAAUGUCCAGUUUAGAAGAUUCAGGCUUUUCAAAUUUGUUGUUCUUGGAUAGGAUCAUUCACAUAGUUACUGUAAUGAUUGAUUGCAUUGACUUCUCACCAUACAAUAUUAAGUAUCAGCCCAAAGUUAAAUCACCACAGAGACCUUCAGAUUGGUCCAAAAAGAAGAAGGAACCUCUAGGGAAAUUGGCCUCUUUAUUUAAACUUACUGUGAGAGUGAUCUAUUCUUUCCACACUCUGAGCUUCAAGGAAGUACAUUCUGAUACUCUUCUCACUGUCGGCAACUCAAUCAUCAGUAUUCUUUCUAAUGUACUUGGACGCAUUUCUUUGCCUUCUAUGAUCCGAAAAAUAUUUGCAACUUUAACAAGACCUCUGGCAUUAUUUUAUGAAAACUUAAAGCUUGAUGAAGUUCCUAAAGUGUAUAGUUGUAUGAGCAACAAGUUAGAAAAGCUACUGGGAGAGAUAAUUGCUUGUCUACACUUCAGCUACACUGGAACUUAUGACAGCGAACUUCUUGAACAGAUCUCUCCAUUAUUAUGCAUAAUACUUUUGCACAAGAAUAAGCAGAUUAGAAAACAAAGUGCUCAGUUCUGGAAUGCCACAUUUGCUAAAGUGACAACGUUGACUUACCCUGAAGAGUUAAAACCAGUACUAAGACAAGCCAAACAGAAAUUUCUCUUGCUUUUACCUGGUUUGGAAAAUGUUGAAAUUACGGAGGAAUCCAGUGGACCAUACUCAGAUUCAACAGAAAAUUCACAGUUAAAUAUGAAGAUAAGUGGCAUGGAAAGAAAAUCAAGUGGAAAAAGAGAUUCUUUUCUGGCACAAACAAAGGAUGCAAAAGAAAAUAAGAAACCACCAGUCAAAUUGAAAUUAGAACCAUCUUCUACAAAAACAAAGAGUGAAAUGCCUUUGGAAGAGGAAAAGUCUACUGACUUCGUGUUUAUACCUCCAGAAGGAAAAGAAGCAAAGGAAAGAAUACUAACAGAACAUCAGAAAGAAGUACUCAAAACAAAGAGAUACGAUAUUCCUGUCAUGUAUAAUAAUCUGGAUGUUUCACAAGACACUUUGUUUUCUCAGUAUACCCAGGAAGAGUCCAUGGAAAUUCCUCCUUUAACUGAAAAAUCAACGGAAGAUUCCAAGGUGAUAUAUAAGGAGGAACAAACGGAGAGGGACAUUGUUAUUCCUCAAGAUGUCACAGAAAACCGUGGUAUGGAUGAACAUCUUGAAAAGGCUUCUCUUUCAGAUAAUGAGCGUGGUUCUAAUGAUGAAACCAGUCCAGAAGUACCGAGCAGUAAUAAUGACUCCAGAAAGAAUGCUUUAAUUUCAUCAAAGAAAACAACUGAAUAUUCAUCUAGUGCAGAAAAUACUUCUGGUGUCAACAUUAGCUCAGUUUCUAAUGCCAUCAUUUCUGGAAUUCUCCCACAGCCUACAAGUCGGAGGCAAACCUUUAUUACUUUGGAGAAGUUUGAUGGUUCAGAAAAUAGACCUUUUAGUCCGUCCGCCUUAAAUAAUAUGUCAUCAACUGUUACAGUGAAAAAUAACCAGGAAGUCAUGGGUAAAAUAGAUAACCCACCAAAAGCAAAGAAAAGAGAAAUGGCUCUUGCAAAAUCUGAUGCUGAAAAAAUAGCACAUGGAAUUAAGAGAUCAAGCCGAAGGUCAAGUAAAGCUGAACAAACAGGAAACAAAAGGUCUAAGCUCUUAAUGAGAUCUGAUCUGGAGAAAAAUACUCAGGAAUCUAUUGAUGGCACAGUAGUCUUAGAAAAUAACCCACCCGGUUUGCUUAAUCAAACAGAAUGUGUGUUAGAUAAUCAGGCUCAUCUCUCUGAAUCUACAAUGGAGGAUGAGGAUACAAUGCUUAAACCAACAAUAGAAAAUGUGGUAUUACUAGAAGACAGUGCUGUAGAAGAGAAAACAUUAGGAAUCAAUUUGGAAUCCAAAGAAAAUACACCCCCAGCUAUAAUACCAGCAGAUCAAAUGGUAGAUGAGGAUAGUCCUGUUCAGAUAACUCCAAAUCAGAAAACGCUUAGACGAUCCUCAAGACGACGUUCAGAAAUAGCAGAGCCUACCCCUGAGAGCCAAGAGAAAGAAAAUAAUCAUCAAAAAAAAGACAGAUGUAAGGAAGAAGAAAAGACCCUUCAGAAAAGUCCAUUGCAUGUAAAAGAUGAUGUGUUACCUAAACAAAAACUGAUUUCUGAACAAACUGUACAAGAAAAUUUAAUUGAUAAAGGGAAUAAUUUACACGAGAAGACUUUUGGGGAAACUAGCACUACUUCUGAAAUUGAUGAAAGUAAAAAAAAGCUAGACCUGGAGAAUAUUAAGUCUGAGGGAGACAGUGCCCAGGACAUUGUAGAUAAGUCCUCUGAAAAACCAGUGAGUGGACGAACACGCUAUCAGACAAGAAGAGCAUCCCAGGGUUUACUUUCCAACAUUGAAAACUCAGAAUCUGAUAGUUCUGAGGCAAAAGAAGAAGGUUCUAAAAAGAAGAGAUCUGGAAAGUGGAAAAGCAAAAGCAGUGAUAGCAUUGACACUGAAGACCAAGAAGAGAAAGUGAUAAAACAGGAAUGUGUAAAUGUUGAAAACCAGACACUUGAUUACAAAGCAAAUUCUGAAGUGGGGAGAGACCUAAAAUCUCAGAUUUGUGAACAAAAAGAUGAGAAUACUAUUGUAACUCCUAAAGAUUCUACAGUUUCUUCAGAUGUAUUACAGGUUUCUGAUGAUGUGUCAACUGCUUAUGAGGGAAAAAGUAAAACCAACAAAUGUACAGAACAUUCCUUUUCAGACCCUUCUGUGCCAGAUUCAAAUCUAAGGACUAGAAAUGCCAGCAAGAGAUUACAAAAACGAGAUUCUAUAGAUAAUAACAACAUGGGAGAAUCCUCAAAAAUAGGGACAUCAGACAUUUCCUUGCUUUCUGAAAAAACUUUCCAAACACUUGAAUGCCAACAUAAGAGAAGUAGGAGGGUAAGAAGAUCUAAAGGUUGUGAUUGCUGUGGAGAAAAAUCUCAACCUCAGGAAAAGUCAUUCAUUGGGUUAAAGAGUACAGAAAAUUAUGAUGUAAAAGUCAUUGAAACAAAAAAGAUAGAUAUGCAUACACCUGUAACUGUAUCAGAGACCUCUAAAGCUAAUCUGUGCUCUGAGGUAAAACUUUUGGAUGAACAUAAUUGUGUGAAUUUUCAUUUGGGACUCAAGGAGGAGAAUGAUGCUGUUAAUGAUUCAUUAAUUAUAUCUGAAAGUGAGUUGAAAGAAAAUACUAUACAAAACCCUCUUCCUUCUGGAGUAGUAAAUUUUGAAGAAGAAACUUGUGAUAUGGAUUCUGAAGAAGCAACACCUCUUGAGAGCCAAGAGCCAUCCAAUAAAAAAUGUAAAACUGUUAGCCCAUGUUUAGGUGAUUCUAAAAAUAAUUCACUGGAAUGUUCUACUUUGGAGCCCAAAGAAGAAAAGUCAGAGGCUGUCUUGGAAAAGGAACUGAGUAUAGAGAACAUUGUCAAUGUUGAAACAGAUGCAUGUAAAGCUAAUGCAAAAUUCAACCCAGAAGUAGAAGCUAUUGAAUUGGGUGUAGAAAUUGAUAAAUCUGAAGCUAGCUUUUCUGAACAAAAGAGUACCGAAACUGGUAUUAGUGAAGAAGAAGUAAUGGAGAUAAAUAGUGACAGAAGUGAUGAAUCUGAUGCAGAGGCAGCUGAGAAACUGAAGGCUGAAGAAGCAGUAACUGAAGAAUUUAAUUCUGUUGUUGAUCAUUAUGAUAAUACCACAGAAAUGAGUGCUCUGGUAGAGAUACAUGAACAAACAGCAGUUGGAGAAUUAGAUGAAAGAAGUCACGAAUCUGGUCCAGGCUCAUCUGAAGGAGUGAAUGCUGAAAUGGAAACUUGUGAAGAGACGGUGAUUGGUGAGGUGAGCGCGGAAGCUGACCAAAUCAAUGAAACAGAAGGCCAGGACUCUACUACCAGAAUCUCUACCAAGCCUGUACAAGCUGAAUCAGAGACAUCAAGUAUGGAAGUCAGCAGUUUUGUUCUCACCACACUUGGGAUGAGCACUGAAGAAGGAAAAGUUGACUCUAAUGAAACCGAAACAAAAAAUGAACUUAGUAAGUCUGAAGAAACAAUAUCAGUUGACAAUCAAAUGGUGGGAAAUGAUGAAAUUCUACAGGAAGCUCACCAUACUUCAGAGAAAGUGGAGGACACAUCACAGUCUCUGACAUCUGAAACAGCCAUCUCUGAACUAAUAACAGAAGACAAUAAUGCAUCUCCUCAAAAAUUAAGGGAACUAGAUCCUUUACUUGUAUCAGCAAAUGGCAGUCCUAGUGGCGUGCAGACACGCUGUGUCUGGUCUCCUUUGGCUUCUCCAUCGACCAGCAUUUUAAAGAGAGGACUAAAAAGACCUCAGGAAGAUGAGAUAUCGUCACCUCUUCACAAGGUUCGCCGGGUCUCCUUUGCAGAUCCAAUAUACCAAGCAGGAUUGGCAGAUGACAUUGAUAGGCGAUGCUCUAUUGUUAGGUCCCAUUCUUCAAAUAAUUCUCCCAUAAUAAAAAGUGUUAAAACUUCACCUACUGCACAAUCUAAGCAUAAUGCCACUUCAAUCAAAGGAUUUCUGUCCCCAGGAUCACGUAACCCUAAGUUUAAGAGCUCAAAGAAGUGUUUAAUUACAGAAAUGGCUAAAGAAUCUAUGCCAGGUCCAACAGAAAGUGUUUACCCAGCUUUGGUGAACUGUGUGGCUCCAGUUGAUAUCAUUUUACCUCAGAUUACCUCAAACAUGUGGGCAAGAGGACUGGGACAGCUCAUUAGAGCUAAGAAUAUAAAAACGAUUGGUGAUUUGAGUACUCUUACAGCAUCUGAAAUAAAAACUCUUCCUAUCCGUUCUCCAAAAGUGUCCAAUGUAAAAAAGGCUCUUAGAAUCUAUCAUGAGCAGCAGGUAAAAUCUCGGGGACUAGAGGAGAUUCCAGUUUUUGAUAUUUCUGAAAAACCAGUAAAUGGAAUACAAACUAAAUCUCUCCCUUCUGAUGAAGAAAGACUUGCCUCAGAUUUAAUCGAUCCUGUUGCUUUGGAAACUCCAUUACCUAAAAAUCUUGUGGCACAGAUCAGUGCACUUGCUCUUCAACUAGAUUCAGAAGAUCUCCAUAAUUAUUCAGGAAGCCAGCUGUUUGAAAUGCAUGAGAAACUUGGUAGCAUGGCAAACUCUAUAAUAAAAAAUUUGCAGUCACGUUGGAGGUCACCAACCCAUGAAAAUUCCGUUUAGUAUUUUAAGAGAAAAUUGAACUUUUUUUCCCCCCAACAUCACUGGAUUUGUUGAUCAUAAAAUAAGUUCUGAAAUAUAGCACAGUUUCAGGCUGAAAGUUUGCAAAGUUGAUAGCAUUUCAAACCCUGAAGGGCUGUGACUUAUGUAAGUUCAAUUUUGUAGGUUAAUUGUGUACGAUUUUUGUUCAUAAACAGUAUUUUCUUGGCUGCUAUGCAUAGUUUUUCAAAAAUUUUAAAUAUCUUACUGAAAUGUAGAAGCAAAAACUAGAAACAAAAGCAGUUUAUUGCACACAUCUUAAACUCCUACAUAUUCUGAUGAAACAUUCAUGAAAAAUACCUUAUUUUAAGUAAGUAAAAUUUAACAUUUCUAUUUGAAUUUUUUCCUGAACUGAUAACGGUGUUUGUACUUGAUUUUUUUUUUUUUUUAAUUUAUAUUUGUUGUGCCUGAGGUUUAAGAAAUUUGUUCUCAGUAGAAAACCUUAAAUGAGAUGCAAAAGAAUUGGAACCUUUUUUUCCACAGAUGUCAACUUUGGACAGCUUCCAAGAAAAAUACCAAAAGCUGCAACUUCUGGGGUUAAAAUAAGCCGAAUUUACUAAGAUGCCGUUCAUUUGCAUUAGCAAAUAUUUAUGCAGCAGCAUUUGCUUGUGAAAAUUUAGUCGUAUGAGACACACUUAUUUUAAAAUGCACGACUAUUUGUACAUUAUGUAUAGAUUACAGUGUUUUUAAUUUAUAAAUUUCAGCCUUUGUUAAUGGCAUGAAUUUUUCUGCAGCUACUUGUGAAUACCUUUGUUUAAUAGAAACCUAUUUUGUAUAUAUUAAACACUGAGAUAGCAGUGUGGACCGUGGAAGUGCUGUGUGGGUUUGCUGCGGAUGUUUGUAGGAUUCUGUAUCUACAGAAACAGAUAGUUUUGUACUUAGUAAAAACACGAGUUUUUAUUUUCUAAAGUAACCAGAAGGAGUUAAACUUUCAGAAAUGAGAAAGUAUUAUAUGAAGACUUCGCUAUUCAUACCACCCCCCCCCCUUUUUUUGUUUGCAAGGAGGGUAUCUGCCACUAGAAAGCUUCAUUACAUUUCUUUUUAAAGUGGAGAGUUAGUGUGACUAUUUUUGUUACAACUUGGGCUAAAUGAUAUCUAGGAUUUAUCUGUUCUUUUCACCUACACGUAAAGCAAACUUGGAAGAAAUUUGAAAUUGAAAUUGUUCUUUUGAAAUAUGUAUGUUUGCCUAGUUUUUAAAAAAAGGUGUAUAUAAUUAAAACAUUUGUAAAUUUUACCGACUAGUAUUAGUGCCUGACUUCCCAUAUUUGUUUCGUCUCUUUACAGUGAGAAUAUUUCCUUUGUUCUGAUUAGAAUGAGCGAAUGACCUUCACAGUUUCAUACUUUAUUCAGAACUAACCAGCUUGAAAAGGCACACAUUGUUUUAGCAAGUUACAGAAAGUUUAAUUCUUGUGCUUAGUUCCUAUAUUCAGAAGGGGACCACCUGCCAGCCAGAAAAGUUGGUGUCUUUUUUGUAAUUAUAAAUCCAUCAUUACAAAUACUUUGGGGGUAGAAGUUUCAUAGUCCUACACCAAGGUUGGGUUUAAAGGAAAUUCUGGGACUGUAAAACUGAGGAUUGUAAGCUGACAAAAUAAGUAAAAAUAGAAACUUUUUGAC